GCCCGCGCAGACCAGCGGCGUAGGGGCCUCGGGACCCUAAGCGGGGCACGUUGCGGGAGGAAGUGGCGCCGUCUGCCCACGGGGCGCUAGUAGACUCUUCAACGUGGAGCCAUGGGAGGCCUAGAGAAGAAGAAGUAUGAACGAGGCUCUGCCACCAACUACAUCACCCGAAACAAAGCCCGAAAGAAGCUGCAGCUGAGCCUGGCCGACUUCAGGCGGCUGUGCAUCCUGAAGGGCAUUUAUCCCCAUGAACCGAAACAUAAGAAGAAGGUUAACAAGGGCUCCACAGCAGCCCGAACUUUUUACCUUCUCAAAGACAUCAAGUUCCUCCUCCACGAACCUAUUGUCAACAAGUUCCGGGAGUACAAGGUGUUCGUCCGGAAGCUCCGGAAGGCCUAUGGGAAGAGUGAGUGGAACACGGUAGAGCGUCUGAAGGACAACAAACCAAACUACAAACUUGAUCACAUUGUCAAGGAGCGGUACCCCACAUUCAUAGACGCUCUACGGGACCUGGACGACGCCCUCUCCAUGUGCUUCCUCUUCUCCACCUUCCCACGGACUGGCAAGUGCCACGUGCAGACCAUUCAGCUGUGCCGCCGGCUCACUGUGGAGUUUAUGCACUAUGUCAUUGCUGCCCGUGCCCUGCGCAAGGUCUUCUUGUCCAUCAAAGGCAUUUACUACCAGGCUGAAGUGCUGGGGCAGCCCAUCGUGUGGAUCACACCGUAUGCCUUCUCCCAUGAUCACCCAACAGAUGUUGACUACAGGGUCAUGGCCACCUUCACCGAGUUCUACACCACUCUACUGGGCUUCGUCAACUUCCGCCUCUACCAGUCGAUCAACCUGCACUACCCGCCCAAGCUGGAGGGUCAGGCCCAUGCAGAGGUGAAGGCCAGUGAGGACACCUAUGCCUUGGACUCUGAGAGCUCUAUGGAGAAACUGGCGGCCCUUGGUGCCAGUCUGGCCCGCAUGGUAGUGCCUGUGGAGGAGGAGGCUGAGGUGGACGAGUUUCCUGCUGAUGGGGAGAUGACAGCACAGGAGGAGGACCGCAGGAAGGAGCUGGAGGCGCAGGAAAAGCACAAGAAGCUCUUUGAGGGCCUGAAGUUCUUCCUGAACCGUGAGGUGCCCCGCGAGGCCCUGGCUUUUGUCAUCAGGAGUUUUGGGGGGGAUGUGUCCUGGGACAAGUCUCUGUGCAUUGGGGCCACAUAUGAUGUCACAGACUCCUGCAUCACCCACCAGAUUGUGGACCGGCCUGGGCAGCAGACACCUGUUAUUGGCAGGUAUUAUGUGCAGCCCCAGUGGGUGUUUGACUGUGUAAAUGCCCGGCUCCUCCUCCCCGUGGCAGACUACUUCCCUGGAGUGCAGUUGCCUCCACACCUCUCACCCUUCGUAUCAGAGAAGGAAGGAGAUUACAUCCCUCCUGAGAAGCUGAAGCUGCUGGCCCUGCAGCGGGGAGAGCACCCAGGAAGUAUGGAUGAAUCUGAAGAGAAGGAUGAAGAGGAAGACAAUGAUAGUGAUGGUGAUGAAGGGGGAGAAAAUGAAGAGGAGGAGGAAGAAGAUGUGGAGGCCGGUUCAGAAAAGGAAGAAGAGGCCCGACUGACAGCCCUGGAGGAGGAGAGGAUGGAGGGGAAGCCCAGAGUGAUGGCAGGCACUGUGAAGCUGGAGGACAAGCAGCGGCUGGCCCAGGAGGAGGAGAAUGAAGCCAAGCGCCUGGCCAUCAUGAUGAUGAAGAAGCGGGAGAAGUAUCUUUAUAACAAGAUCAUGUUUGGCAAGAGGCGCAAAAUCCGAGAGGCCACCAAAUUGGCAGAGAAGCGGAAAGCCCACGACGACGCUGUGAGGUCUCAGAAGAAAGCCAAGAAGGCCAGGCCCGUGUGAGUGGUGGCAGCCUCUUGAUGGGCGAGGCCCGCUCCUGGCAGCUGGACUUGGCACAGGCAGGCCAGAGGACCCAGGCUUGGUGGCAGACCAGAGUCUCUUCUCUUUUCAUCCCCUUCCUCCCCCUGCCAGCCCUGGCUUCCUCUCAAGCUCUCUGGCUGGAUCCCCAGCCUCCCUUGGAUGGAGCUCCCUGCUGGUGGCUGGGCAGAGGAGAGGCCUUUGUGCCCAGCCCAACUUGAUGCUCCCAGGAAUCAGUGACAUGGGGGGCAGGACCAGCCCCCCACCAGUUGCUCCCUGUUCCCUGGUUUUCUGUAGUGCACCCCUCCCUGCAAGGUUGGACUGGUGAUUUUCCUGCUGCUGUGUUGGGGCGAGGGUGAGGAAGCAUUUGUUAUUAAACAGCUGGAGUUUUGGAAUGAUUGAA